CUUUUUGGCGAAACAGCUGUUUAUCAACAAGCUGUGAAAACGUUUAGCAAUGGAAGAUGAUACGGAAACUGAUUCUAAAACAAAUAUAAAGAAAGCUGAUACGGUAAGCAUACACACAAAGCGUACAGUGCUGGCAUAUUUGAAAGAGCACGGCUGCACAAGCGCUACUCUGGAAGCAACAGCGCGCGCCCGGCGGCAGGAUCCCAAAGAAGUCAUAGACUAUGUAUGCCGCAGCUAUGAGCAGGCGGAACAGCGUGUGAACGAGGAGUGUGAAACGGAUAGCUUUGUCAGCAUAAUUCAAUGGCUGCAGCUAAUGAAAAAAGCGAAGCUACCUGAACGUUGUCACUACGAGCAAGCGUACGCGUUGAAUGCCAUAGUGCACCAUGAAGCACACCCAGAGCCAGCAGAACUGGGUGGUAUUAAUAUGCGCGAGGCCUACAGCUUUCUGGAGAACGCUUUAACGGGACACCCACAAAAGAAACUGGACGCAGCCACGAGUCGGUUUCUGUUGCACGAAUUCGAGUUGCUGAUAGAUGAGGCCAACAACGAAGAGUCGGAGGAUGAAGCGCGAAAAAUGGCUGAAAAAUUAAUAGAUCGAGAGCAUUACGAUUAUGCAGAAAGACCAGACAAAGCGAGCUUCGAUCCAUUCCUUCUAGAUGAUUAGCAAUAAAGUUAGUUAAACAAGACGCCUCAUUUCCACACAUAUUUAUUAAACAUUUAAAUUCAAUUGUUUGUUAAAUUGUACGCGUACAUUGUCACUUCGCUUAAAACUGUCGAAAGCUUAUGGCUCAAUCUUUCUUGCUACUUAGCUUGUAUAGAGACUCUCUGUCCAGCACUGUGUCGUCACCUUCACCGUACGUAUUUUUAGUUAAUUACAUACAUAAUUUCAUAAGAUACAAUUACUAAGUAUAUUAACAGUUUUGUUAGCACAUUUAAAAGUCUAAAAAAGAGAGGGAGGGGUUGGGCACAAUUACUCGAAGUAGAAGUAGGUAGAGUGUAUAUAAGGUUUAUCUAGCUGGCUUGAUUUCCACUGAUUGUUUUUUUCGAAUAAGUUUCUUGUUGUUGCCAAAAAAUUGUAUUGCAUAGACUAGAGUAUAGCGUAAAGAUUUACAAGUAAAUUGUUUAAAACGUUCAUAGGCAUUUAAAAAGAGAGUUGAGUGUUGCUUCGACUCGCAUAAGCAUCACAAUAGAUCACAAGAGACAGAGUUGAUUUUUUUUGUUUUGCUUCUAGGUGUUGCACAUACAAAAAGAACAACAAAAAGAUUAUACAUAUACAUA